GGAAUUAUCAAGUCCGUUCCAGCGGAAGAAUGCCACCGUAAGUCCCAACCGGGUGACAGAAUUCACAUGCACUAUGUCGGUAAGCUCCAGGAUGGUACUGUUUUUGACGCCUCUCUGAAGAGAGGCCAACCAUUGACCUUCGAGUUAGGGUCUGGUCAGGUUAUCAAGGGCUGGGAUCAGGGUUUGACCAGAAUGUGUAUUGGUGAAAAGCGUAAACUCACCAUUCCGCCACACUUGGCCUACGGUAAGUCUGGUGCCGGUGGUGUUAUUCCGCCUGAUGCCACCCUCACCUUCGAAGCUGAAUUGGUGGGUAUUGAGGGCUACGAACCUCCGGCUGAGUUGGAAGAUGAUGAUGAGGAGGAUGUUUUUGAGUCUGAACCAGUGACUGAAAAUGAGGAAGAAGAAGAGGAGGAGGAGGAAGAAGAGGAGGAAGAAGAAGAAGAGGAUGAAGAAGAAGAAGAGGAGGAAGAGGAAGAGGAAGAGGAAGAAGAGGAAAUUGAAAGAGACGAGCUUUAAGAGUU